AUUCAACUGGAUACGUAUUGGACUAACCAUGAAAUGCUUUCCAGCGUGCGCGUACUUGUACCUUUUACUUAAUCUCAACUUUCCAGAUAUUGUUUACGGUGAUCGGAAAGCAUCCUGCGUACGCUGUUUCUGCAAGGCUGACAAAUCAAAUUGUGAACUGGGAAACGGCAGGUGCACGUGCAAACACGACCGAAUGUACUUGAACAACAGCACCCGUUGCGCCCACCGCCAUGAGGACUGCGGCAUGCGUACCCUUAGAACAAGAGUCAAGCCGGGCUGUUUGCCUUGCCAAUGUUCACGCGGCAGUGAUCAGUGCGAUUUGAUUGGCAGUGAGUGCACGUGCCGAGAUGGAGGUAUAUACUUCAUGGGGAGUGCUAACCGUUGUGUUCGUGACAUAGACGAGUGCAGGACGCUUUAUUCUAUCACAAGAUAUGGCCACAGCACUUGUGCUAAAUGCCUCUGUCCGCCCCGCCAGAAGAGGUGUCAUCUCUUGGGCAACAAGUGUGACUGCAUCGACGGGAUAUACUAUAUGCGUGGUUCCAAGAAAUGUGUCCAAAAUAGAGCUGACUGUAUUUUCGGCAGCCCUACCAGCCCUUGCGCUGAAUGCACCUGUCCUCGAGGCCAGAGGAAGUGCAAUAUGCUCGGCAACAAGUGCGACUGCAUCAACGGGAAAUACUACAUGCCUGGUUCCAACGAAUGCGUCACAAAUGACGAGCACUGUAUUAUCGCCAGCCCUUUCGGAAGAGCAGAGGUGGAUAGCAAUGAAACAGCCGUGGUUAUCAUAGAAAAUGACCACUGAUAACCAUGGUGGAGCUUGCAACAAGCACAGCGCCAAACAAGUCACCAAAGCGGGACGACCUAAAACCUGAUUACCCGCAAAUAAAC